UAAGUAGGUAUUUACAAUCUUAUGUUCAUCAUCAGUUAUAUUACUUUGAUUUCGAUUUAUAUUUGCCCGACUGCUGCCUAGAUAAAGUUUGUUUCACUUCUAAAUCACGAUAAGGAUAAAGAUGAACAUGGUAGAAACAGACUCAAACCAAUUGGGUUUACACGAAUCUUUGAAUAUUGAGCGUUAUUUUAUUCAAAAGUUAAAUAUGAAAUGGAACCAAGAACUUUGGCCGUAUACAAUUUAUUGGUCUUGUGUGUAUUUAAUAGUAAUCUUUUCUUUGCAAAACUAUAUGAAAUCAAGAUCACCUUUUCGUCUUAAAGAACCUCUUGUCAUCUGGAAUCUAAUAUUAGCUGCAUUUAGUAUUUGUGGCACUAUAAGGAUGGUACCUGGUUUAUGGAUUUUGAUAAAAGAUUUUGGAUUUACAUUUUCUGUUUGCAAUAUUAGUUACGCAAAGAUAUAUCAUCCAGUACCUCUUUGGAUCUUUUUAUUUGUAUGGUCUAAAGUUAUCGAAUUCGGCGAUACAAUUUUUAUCGUACUUCGAAAGCAGAAAUUAUUGUUUUUACAUUGGUAUCAUCACAUCGCAACUCUUAUUUUUACUUGGUACAAUAUUGCCAACGAGGCAUCAACGGGAUAUUGGUUUUGCACCAUGAAUUUAUUUGUGCAUAGUUUUAUGUAUUCAUAUUACGCUAUGAAGGCAAUGAAAUUAAACGUUCCUCGUUAUGUUUCAAUGAUUGUAACUACGAUGCAAAUUACACAAAUGUUUAUUGGUUGUUUUGUCACAUUUUGGGCAGCUUUGAAGUAUUAUCAAGGCGAAUAUUGUGAACAGAGUUCAUAUACUAUUCUAUUAGCAGUUGGUUUAUACUUGUCUUACGUAUUUUUGUUCUGCCGUCUUUUCUAUAAAUUGUAUAUUCAUAAAGAUGAAAAGUUAGGCAUGACGAAGAAAAGUCAUUAGUUACGUUUAAAUUUUUAAACUUCGAACUCAUUUUUUUAUUUUUAGAAUCUACUUUUAAAAAAAGUUAUUUGUUUUUUGUUUUGUUUCGUGGAUAAAAGCGAGUUCAUAGAACUAAUAAUUCAGUUUAGUAAAACUUUUCUGAUUUUUAUCACAAAUUCUUUAAAUGUAUUGUAAAAAACUGUACAUUUUAAAUUGAUAAUUAUUU